CUGAAAUUAAGCAAAUGUUUUCAUUAUCCUCAAAAAUUCAUCUUAAAUAAAUUCUUAAAAUAGAAUAAAAAAUAAAGAUACGUCCUCCCCAACCCCUUUCUCAUUAUAGAGAAAACUUUAAAAAUAGACUAGAGACGUGCUUAAUUAUUCAGCUACUAAAGUAAGGGAUUUUGUUAGAAAAAUGAGCUAUUGACAAAAACAAGAGAAUCUUUUUGGGGAGAUAAUAUAAGAAGAGCAAGUGACUCUCACUCUCUCUCUCUCAGAUCCCUCCAUCAUUGUUCACCAUGGACAAGGCUUCAAUCACUGAAGGAAAGCCGAUUCGAUGCAAAGCAGCAAUCUUAAGAAAAGCAGGAGAACCAUUGGUGAUAGAAGAGAUCCAAGUUGAUCCACCUCAAGCUUACGAAGUCAGAAUCAAAAUUUUAUGCACUUCUCUAUGUCACACGGAUGUUACUUUCUGGAAACUAGACAGUGGACCGCUUGCAAGAUUUCCUAGGAUUCUAGGUCAUGAAGCAGUCGGUGUGGUCGAGAGUAUUGGAGAAAAGGUAGACGGAUUUAAACAAGGCGACGUCGUUUUGCCAGUGUUUCAUCCUCAAUGUGAAGAAUGCAAAGAGUGCAUAUCUCCAAAGAGCAACUGGUGCACAAAAUAUACAAACGAUUAUUUAUCAAACACAAGACGAUAUGGAAUGACUUCAAGAUUCAAGGACUCUCGUGGAGAAGAUAUUCACCAUUUCAUCUUUGUCUCAAGUUUUACUGAAUAUACCGUUGUAGAUAUCGCACAUCUCGUCAAAAUAUCUCCUGAAAUUCCCGUUGAUAUAGCGGCCUUGCUCAGCUGCAGUGUUGCCACAGGACUUGGAGCUGCGUGGAAAGUGGCUGACGUAGAGGAAGGUUCCACUGUCGUUAUCUUUGGCCUUGGUGCUGUUGGACUAGCGGUUGCAGAAGGAGUCAGAUUGCGUGGAGCCGCAAAAAUCAUCGGUGUGGAUCUCAAUCCCGCGAAAUUUGAAAUAGGUAAAAGAUUUGGAAUCACAGAUUUUGUCAAUCCUGCUUUGUGUGGGGAGAAGACAAUUAGCGAGGUGAUUAGAGAAAUGACAGAUGUAGGAGCUGACUACAGUUUUGAAUGCAUUGGUUUAGCUUCCUUGAUGGAAGAGGCAUUCAAGAGUACUCGCCCGGGAUCGGGUAAAACGAUAGUAUUGGGGAUGGAACAAAAGGCUUUGCCAAUAAGCUUGGGUAGUUAUGAUCUUCUCAGAGGCAGAACUGUAUGCGGCACUUUAUUUGGCGGUUUGAAACCCAAACUUGAUAUUCCUAUUCUCGUGGAUCGUUAUUUGAAAAAGGAGCUUAAUCUAGAGGAUCUGAUUACACACGAAUUAAGCUUUGAAGAAAUUAACAAAGCUUUCCAUUUAUUGGCUGAGGGAAACUCUAUCCGUUGCAUUAUAUGGAUGGAUAAAUAGUCCUUUUAUCUUCAUUUGAAUUUUCUUCCUAGUUCUUCUAUGUCCCAAAACAUAGUACUUGGUAACAGAAAAUAAAAAAAUAAAAAUCUACCAAUAAAAGAAAUUUACAAAGUUAUCUUCGAUGUCCCUUUGUUGGGAUUUGCUUCUAUUGCUUUGGCUCUUGUUUUUUUUUUUUGUUGUUGUGUGCAAGUGCAACUAUUGCUUUGGUUUAUAUAUGCCUUCUUCAAUGAUUAUAUAUGGUGUGAAUCGUGUGAUCCGUUCUUAUAUUGUGUUCGUUUCCAAAAUCAUAUUUUCAAAACAUUAUUGUAAUAAAAGUCUAACGUAAGUCACAUAAAAUC